AUGGAAGCCGUCCAAGCUAGCAGUCCGCCACCAUCGAUCAUCGUCUCCUAUCAUACUUCACCGUCGCCUGACGUCUGGGGACGCAUACAGGCCGACCUCCAUCGCCAGCUGCCACUCAAGACCCUCCACUGGAAACCGAAAAAUCGGCCACUCAGACUUAUCCCUUCUCUCCCAAUCGCCUUCCAAGCUUUCGAUCCCGCUAAACCGCCUUCGCCCUCUUCGACUCCCUUCGUUUACCUGCUUUUCGUGGCUUGUGAUGACCAUGAGGCGUACAAAACUAUCAUCAAACAAGAAAUUCGAACCUGGCUAGAUUCCGUCCAAGCCAGUCAUUCAGAAUGGCUGAUCGUGCAUGUAUCUACCGCACCCAAACUCAACCCAUCCACCGCUGGGAUCUUCCGUACCAAAACUGGGGUGUUGGACAAACUGAAGGCAGAUUUCAAUCCGCAAAAGAUGGAAAGGUGUAUUCAACUGUCCUACAUGAGCACGAUGGAUUCGAUCGUCCAGGCUAGUAUGCAAGACUCGUCUACCCAAUGGACCGAACUCAUCACCAGACUCAAGCAAUCCGUACUCUUGGUCUUCGAAUUCAGAAUUAAUGAAAUGGAGGAAUCCUUGCGGAUGAUGGUUUCUAAGAGAAGUCGGCACGGCUGGGAUUUUCAAGCAUUUUUCAUUCAAAAGGCGCAGUUAGCAAAUCAGUUCGAAAUGAUGAAUUUGUUCGAGGAUAGUUUGAUCCAGUAUGAUGAACUAGAUGCCGCGUUCUCACAAUCCCUCUCAGAUUGCCCCCAAAUGUGGCAUGACAAAAUUUACGGCAAAAGCUCAAGCCGCUAUUCCAGACUGGCACUCAACACUGAUCCCUCGCAGGAGUAUCUCAAGGUGGUCGGUGCAGGUCAAAUGUCAAUUUUCGAUUUAAGGAUCUUCAUAUUUUCUAAACAGAUCAGCCUGUUGGGUCAAUUGGGCCGAUUAGACGAGGCAGUCAAGAGGGCAUCGGUCUUCAUCUCGACUUUCGCAGCAUUCCUCCGAUCUCAUGAACAUACAUGGCCGGCCAACUACAUAGAGUCUUGGGUCUAUUGUGCAUGCAAUGAAUUGGUUGAAUGGUGCGAAAAACGGAUCACUCCCGGCAACAAGGAUAUCGCAACUUUGGACAGCUUGAGGUGCUGUGCGCAAUUGCUUGAACUGGCCCACUCUCAGCUUGACCGCAUCGGAAUUCAGGCUGGACAUCUUCCUCCAAUACACCCUUUUAAUAUGUCAUUGAGUCACGCGCCAGAAGUAUCCUCUGAACAAUCGAGACCAAACUCAUCUCCGUCCGUAACAUCGCCAGCCAAUCUGAUCGAUUCCCUAAAAGACCCAAAGACGUUCGAAAAAGUCUACCUUGAUCUGGCUCGACGGACGAUCAACCUUUACCAAUCCACCGGUCGACGGCGUUCGGCUCUGAAGCUUCACUGCAAAACCGCCGCCUUCGAGCAGACCCAAGCGCGUCAAGAAUCCGCCCAUCGGUUAUACUCCCAUCUGCCGGCCCAUUAUGUUGAUGAUAAAUGGACGACGAUCGAGUCGAGCCUGUUGGAUCGAUGCGCAAGCCUCCAGAAAGAGCUGGGAUUAUCAAGGGAAUGGCUGCUCAGUACAUUGGCCCUGGUUCGCUCAGGGGUCACCUAUGAGCCAGGCAAAUGGUCCCAAGAUGUCAUGCUCAGAUCUUCAACUCCCUCCCAACCCGACCAGGCAGGUCCUUACGACCAAUCUACUCUGGCCAGUAAGCUCAUGCAAGAUAUCAAGGAACAAUCCCUGAAGCUAGAGAAAGACUUUGCUGCCAUCGGCUUUCCUAUCUUCUCGAUCAUGCUAAACUCAACCAUCGGCCGUCUGUCUAAAACCGCGGAAAGAUCGGUGGUUGAGGCAAAAAUCACCAAUCUGUUACCCUGUCCGAUCCAAGUCGAAGCGGUUCGCAUGAAAUUCACAGGCAAGAAAUCCGAGACGUUAUGGUUCACGGCGGGCGCUUCUCGUUUAGUACCUGGCCAGACGGUGAUCGACUUGUUUUGUGCAACGCCUGUCGCCGAAACUUUGGUGCUCGAUGUCUCCCAAAUCCGGAUCAGCAGGAUCUUGUUUCAGUAUUAUCAUCGCCCACAAGGAUCUCAGAAUGAAAAAGGUCUUGACCAAGAGGUUUUAGAGAUAGUUUCAUUUCCUAAAGAUCUGUUGGGCUUAGAGAUCCAGCUGGAACUACCUCCUGAUAUUCGUGUGGGAGAAGCUAGGAAAUGCCUUCUGCGAUUAUUUAGUGGGAGGAAUCAUUUGUCACAGGCCGCGAUCAGCAUUUCUUCAGACUCAGAAAUAAAGUUCGAAUUCAACAAUUCCACUCUCUGCGAUCAUCUCGAUAAUCAGGUUAAGUUGGUCAGCGACUGUGAAAAUAAGGUUAUUGUUGAAGGAAUUCAACCCAAGUCGACAGUUUGCCUGCUCGUACCUUUCCAUACGUCCGUAGACGAAUCACAUGUUGAGGUCAAUAUCAGUGUCGACUACCGACUUCGUGAAGAUCCGAGUAUCAAGCGAACCUUUCGAAAGGCAUCCAAGCUGAAAAUCACACAGCCCAUCGAGGUGAAAAUCCGCGAGAUCUUUCGACCCAAUUGGGUGUUUACCAAGUUCACACUCAGCACCCAUCGCGGCUGUCCUUUGAGGAUCGCGGGGGUUAGUCUGGAACUCGACGAAGAGACAGUAGCUUCCGAUUCACUGCUCUCGAUAUCACCCGCUUGUACAAAAAUGCCAUCGCUUGUCAUCCUUCCGUCUCAAACCUCAGAUCAUAUCUUUAAGGUCGCUGCCGCCACUACCACCACUCCCUCUUCUACUGCUCAUAGUAACUUUUCCGAGGUUAUUGCUUCCUCUCGGUUAAAAUUAAUCGUCAAGUAUCGGCCAAUCAUUACUGAAAUUACAGAAUGUCUAAGAACAAAAUUGAUGGUGGGCUUGGACGAAGACCAGAGACAGACCGUUAGCUUUCUAGUCGAACAAGUGAGGGACAUCAUGACGCACGAAGAGCGAUAUGACGAGCAAUUCUAUUCGACUUAUCUCUACGAUCACGUCUUGCAUACGCGGAUUCUGGAGGAGAGGGUCGACUGGAGUCUGGUCUGUGAGCGGGUCGAGAAAGAUCAAGCUAAGAAGCGCCAACUAGUAGAUCGAAUCUGUACGGUUCUUAAGGACUCUUCUCCCGUCAUUUGCCCACCUAAUCUGCCUUGGCAAAGCAUAACCCAUCCGUUUACAUUAUCAAGAUCAGUCAUCUUGGCUACGAUUGAUUUUCAACGAGCCUCAGGAGAAGAAGGCCAAGUAGGACAAGUAGGCAGACCGGUGCCAAUUGAUCUGCUCAUCUCGACCUCUUUCAACUGGGCCACUCCGUCUCCGGGUCGUCCGCCCGUUGGCUUGGUUUAUGAAAUCGCUGAAUCGUCGGAUCAGUGGUUGAUCGGAGGUCGUAAACGUGGAAUGUUCAUUGCUCGGGACGAUGAAAUCGAAAAAAUAAAUUUGGUCCUAGUCCCGCUCAGGCCAGGAUACCUGAACGUCCCUCGGGUGACGAUCAAGUUAACAGAAACCAACGCCGACCGAUCGAUAAGACCUACUAUGCCCGUAACCUCCGGAUCCACAAUAGCAGCAACCGCGGUUCCAAAUCUUUGCGCCGAGCAGGGGAUAGGCUCGAAGCAGGAUAUCUUAAUCCAAUCCUCUUAUUCUAACGCCCUCCAUCACUUCUUGGUCGUCCCUUCUGCAGCUACUUCUAAGUUUAUCGUCCCGUCUAUCCGCCCGAAUCCUGCUCUCAAGGAUCAAACAUGA